AUGACCGACCCUCGUAGUUCGAAUACUAACGUUUAUCAAGGUGGAGGUCAUUUUGAAUUUUCUUCUGAAAAAAAUUGGGGUUUAGAACAAGAAGAUUGUAGAAUAUUUGGUUCUAUUGAUAUGACACAUUUAGCUGCAAGUAUAGCUAGUGUGCCAUUUAAUAUACAACAUGACAUACCUGUUGAACUAUUUACUGUGGAGCAAUUAGAAGAAUUCGAAGUAGAAUCAUCUCUUGCUUUGAGCCGACAUAUAUCUCAAUAUAAUUCAAAAUUAUUAAAUAUUAAAAAUGUAUUGCCAACUUCUAUUGGAAGUAAUCAAGCAACCACAGCCACAAAUAAAUUAGUUCUGAAAAAUUAUUCUAAUUCAGAAGUUAAUAAUAUUCCUUUUGAUUGUGAUAUUCAAUCGAAUUUAGAAUUAGAAGAAAUAUUGGGUAAUAUGAAACCUUUAAUGAACAUACUACAAGAAGAAAUAAAUACAGUUACUAGUAUAGAUACUAGUGUAGAUGACUCAAUAAUAGUUGUAAAUCAAAAGAUGCCCAUUAAAGAUGAGAAUAAAAUUGAAAUGACGAAUCAUGAUUCAGGACAUUGGCUUGAUUCCAUGCUAGAUAGUGAUGAAUAA